CCGCCUCGAUGGGUCGUCUCGCGCUCCUCCACUGCGGUGGCCGAGGGCGCACUAGGCCCACCCUCGCGGCGUUCUGAUUGGCUGCUGAGGCAUCUGGCCAUCGCUCAGCACGGGUCGGCCGAGCGGCGCGCCUCUGCAGUGCUCUCCGGUGGGCUUUAAGAAGGGCCGCAGGUGGCUGGGGUCGCCGCAGAGGUCGCCGCGGCAGUCAUGACCGAGGGCACGUGUCUGCGUCGCAGAGGGGGACCCUAUAAGACACCGCCCGCCACCGACCUCAGCCGCUGGCGACUCAGCAAUGAGAGGGGAAGGCAGGUGUGGACGUAUUUUCAAGAGGAUGAGCCUGGCCGGGGGCAGACUGCGCUGGAAGCUCACUCCUUGGGACUGGACACCAUCUCGAAAACUAUCAACAUGCUUGUGCGCUGGCGUGUGGACGGGCCAGCCUUCGACCCUUUCAAGGAACACGUGUCCAGGAUUCCCGAUUUCCUGUGGCUGGGCCUGGACGGCAUGAAGAUGCAGGUGUGGCCAUAGGCCAGCUGCUGGCUUCCUUGGCAGCCAUAUUCCUCCUGCCUCUGGGUUUGUUGAGAUUCAGAAAUCCCUCACAAGGCCUGGCAGUGUGAUGCCAGGCUGCAGGUCCCCAUCUAAAGGGACGUGUGUGCCUCCUGGGCUGGGCCCUCAGAGGAACCGAGGUCCCUGGGGUCGUGGGAGGGGUCUGAGCCAUGUAGUUCCGAGCUGAGCUGUGGCUCAGGAGCAGACAGUGGCCUGAGUCGCACGCUGGCCAGGUGUCAGGUAGGGGGACGGCCCUGCCCUCACGGCCACCUGCCUCCGAGGGUGUUUAGCUACGUCCCCAGGCCUGAGCCCUUCUCUGCAUGCUGCCAGCCCAGUGGUCUGUGUUACUGGGCUCGUCCCCCAGUUUACACGUUGUAUGUAGUCGGUGAUCCUGACCAAACAGAAUAACUACUGUUACACACACUUGCAUUUUACUCAGGCAAUAAAAAUGUUUGAAGAGCCAGUGCCACCUACUGUUGCUUCCUCCGCAUCUCACAACUCUGUAAGAAUCAUGGAUUCGCUGGUCAGCUUCAUUCAUUUUCAUCUCCACCUGCCAUAUGAAUUCUUAUUUAUAAUUCACCUUGUUUCAAGAAGGAAUUAAGGUUAGAGACACGAGGCAAAGGAACACAAAAGCAGGAAGUUCAGACGGGCUGGGAGGGAUGUUAGCACCCGAGAUACGUGCCAGGGGCCUGGUUAGUCACUAUCCUUGGGCUCCAGAGUCAGUGUUUAACUUUCCAGGAGCAGCCGGAGAGGAGGAUGAGUGUAAGACAGAACCCCUGUAGUGGAGGACGUGCCUGCGGCCCUGACUGCUGUUCCUCACAGCACCUCACAGGGCAUCUGGUUGGCAGAAUCCAUGUGCACAGCCCGUCCUUGGGCAGAAGACGAGGCUGAAGGGCAGCUGCAGAGCAGGGGACUUGCCACAAGCGCUGGGCAGCAAUUCUUGUCCUCGGGCUUUUCAUGCUGUGUGACCUCUAUGCCUGGGAUUUGCUCUGGGAAUGGUGCUGUCUCGAAGACCCCCUUCAAUCAGGAGGGUGAGGGUGAUGUGGAUAGCUUUCGAGUUCCCUGUUGUUUUUAGUGAAAGUAAUCCAACCACUACUUUCCAUAUAGCGACUCCUACUGAGAGCCUUCCUCAGGACAGCAAUGCCCCAGCAGGUGUCUGAGACCCAUGCCUGACACAAGUGGGGAACAGCUGGUUUGCAUGGCAUUAGGCAGCCUGAGACACCUGCCGCACAGACAGGCCCUUUAUGGGCAUAAGAGGCAAUGAGCCUGAGACCCCACGGUCCCUGAUGUCCCCUCUGGUUCUUGGGAAGAGACAGGAGCAGGGUUGGCUCCUGGGCAUCCAGGAAUAGGGGAGCAGUGAAAUGCCUGUGGUGGCCAGAAGACAAAACAAACCAGCCUCUUACCCUUGGGUAGUAUUGAGUGGUCUAACAUACAUAUAAUGGGAGGCCCAGGAAACAGGGAGGGAGGGAGGCAGGCAGAAAAACUUCCAAAGUAAUCACGGCUGAAAUUCUUUCAAAUAUACUGAAAUAUAUAAGCCGAGCGAUCCAUCAAGCUCAGCAAACAUGUAGCAGACCAGAAAAACAACAAAACUAUGAGAUCAGAACCAAAUUGAUGAAAACCAAUGAUGAAUAAACAGAAAAACAGACAUGUCACUUACAAGUGAGUAAAGAUAAGAAUGGUGACCACCUUCCAUCAGGAAUAAUGCAAGCCAGAAGAGAGUGGAAUGACAUCUUUAAAGUGUUGAAAGGAAAAAAAAAAUGGUCAACUAGAAAUUCCAUAUUCAGAGAGACAAAAACCAGAGCUGAAGGAAUUUCCCAGCAGCCUUGUCCUACGAGAGAUGUGAAGUUGUUCAGCCUGAAGGAAAGUGGUACCAGAUGGAAACGUCCUCACCAAAGAAUGACGAGCACAAGAAAUGGUAAGUCUGGUAAAUAUAGAAGGCUUUUCCCUUGUCAUUUAAAAAAUGUGUUUAGGGGCCGGCCCAGUGGCUCAGGUGGUUAGAGCUCCAUGCUCCUAACUCCAAAGGCUGCC